CUCUUGUUUCUCUCUCCUUUAGACUCUAAGAAGCUGAUUUCCAGCUGGGAUCAAUUGGGACCGAAAGCAGCGAUGGCAGAUGGCCAUGUUCCGUCGCUACAAAUGUUUUGCCCUUUGGCUGAUGCUCCUGGUCUUGUUCAACAUGUGGACGUCAUUCUUUCCAUCUUGGCUGCCUUCCGAUGAUGUCCCUGACGUGUCUAUUCCGGUGGGCAGAGACCAGCACCAAUCUCUGGAACAUUCCACGCAGGAGUCGCUGGAGAGAUCUUUGAAUGCGAGUUCCACCCAAAAUUCUCCAGCUUUUUCCCAAGAGGCGACCCUGGAACAUCCUGGGAGUCAUCCAGGCAGACUUGGCACCAGCAUCAUCUACUUGUUCGCUCAGGGCCAGCGCAGCCCCCGGGAAGCGGCACGCUGCACGGCACGCUUGGAGCUGCAUUUGCAGCUUUUGGAGUCGACUUGCCGAAAGAAUCAGCCGUACAAAUCGAUCUAUCAGCAUUGGUUUUUGCUUGGUCCUGGCUCCAGGAGUGCGUUACUCGAUCGCCUUCCACAGAUCUGUGACCAGCGAAGUCAUGAGGUGCGAAGGGCAGCCCGUUGGCCUACGCCCAGUGAGCUGCGAGGGGAGCAUGUGGUGCUGGUGAGUAGCCAGGUGGAAGGGCCCUUCCUGCCCAAAUUCUAUGCUGGUGCCGGCCUGCAAUUCUGGUCUGAUGCUUACACCCGUCGACUGCGUUUACCGGAGGUUUCCUUGGUGGCCAACAGCAUCGACUGCACCCGCGGACGGGAAGAGAUUCGAUUUCCCUUGGCGAUGGAUCGGUCAUUCCUGUCCUAUGCUCAGGAUCCCGCCUCACUCCUGCAGUUCUCCACCUGGGAGCUGCUGGACCGGCCGGGCAGCUUCCAGCGCUUCAGGCGGUGGAACUGGACCUUUUGCGAAGCAACGUCGUCAAAGAAAGGUGAGGCGACAUCGCUGGAACAACAUCCAUAUGAAACUCUCUUCGUGGCCGAGCCUGUGAGAGACUGGCCGUAUUUCUAUCGCGACUUGUCCGUGCGUAUGGCCAAGCAGGAAGUGAGUAGGCCAAUCGCAGGAAGGACCUUGGUGGUGGUGGCAUUCUUUGAGAAGACGCCGGAAUACCGAGACAAUAUGAUCUUCUUUUUGCAGAUCGCCAUUGUCCCGGAUUCCAGGUCCAAUGCGCCCGUGGACUACGUGAUCGUGGUCAAUGGGGAAUGCACCAUCGACUUUCCUGAACUCAAAAACUUACAGGUGAUCCGGCAGCGGAAUGUGUGUUACGACUUUGGUUCCUGGGGUAUUGGUUUGCAGCGGCGGGUUGACUCAGUCCAUGAGGCCUUCGUGGUGCUGAACCCCACUGUGAGGGGGCCCUUCUUGCCCAGAUGGUACACCCAGCACUGGACCUGGGCCUUUCUGUCAAUGUUGACCUCCAAGGUGAAGCUCGUGGGAACUAGUAUGAACUGUCCCGACGGCAAAGGGCGGUCUUUGGUCCAUGUGAUGAGCAUGAUUAUGGCCUUCGACCAAGUGGCCUUGGACAUCGCCCAAGCCAACGGCAUUUUCAAGUGUGCAGAGAACAAGACCGAAGCGAUGUACCGAGAGGGCGACUUUCUGCGCGUGCUACGCGCGAGGGGCUACAGCGCCGAAGCCUUCCAAGCAAGCCACUCUGGGGAAGAGUGGUUCCGCUUGCCCAAGAAGGCUUUAAACAGCCCGAAGCCUUUGCGCGGCAAGAAGGGUUGCCCAACGCUGCCGAACGAUGUGUUCUUCUCAGCCCAGCGCUACUUCAACCGCACAGCACAUCCCGUGGAGUUCGUCUUCUUCAAGACUACCCGACACAUGGAGCGCGCGGAUCAGAUGCUGACGACCUUCUCGAAAAAGCUUUCUCAGGAAACAGCUGCCAUGAUGGCCGAUCCCAAAUUGAUCGUGAUGCUGAGCCACUCCUUGCGCUUGGAUGGAGCUCCCAUGGUCCUGCUGGAGCUGGGGAAGAUCUUCAGGGAUGAAGGUCUCCAAGUGCACCUCCUCAGUGGCGAUGAUGGGCCUUUGAGGCCUGAGUUCGAGAAGGAACAGAUGGCUGUAUCAAUCGUGAAGGACAUAGACAUCUACCGCCACUCCGAGAACAUCACCACGACCCUACUGGAUUUUCUUGGGUCCUUCUUUUGGAGUCGACCACCUGAGCUGGUGAUUUGCAACACCAUCGUUUGGGCCAGAGCCUUGGGACGCUUGCCUUUGCUGCGCCCCAGCCGGCCACGGGUGGUUUGGUUCAUCCACGAGCAGGAGAUCAGUCUCAAGUCCCCGGGCUUGCAGCCAGGAGAGUUUUGGUGGGGCAAGCGCUUUCCGGAACUCGGGCAGACCCAGAGCCGGCAGCGGAUCAUCGCCGGAGCCGAUGCAGUGGUUUUUCCCGCGCAAGCCACCAGGGACUUGUGGGCGGAGUCGGAGAUGGGACAUACUUUUCACACCUUCUUCAACUUCUUGGACCUCGCCCGCAUCCACCAGCGCGCCGGCGCGGAAGCCGCGGGCGCGUACGCGGACGUGUGGUCUUUGACCGAGCGGCGUAUCAGUCCACUGCGGGCAUCGGUCCGCGCGGAGCUGGGUGUGGCGGAGGAGACCUUCGUGUUGGUGGCGGUGGGUACUAUUUGCCAGCGGAAGAAUCAGAUUGCCUUGGUGCAGCCAGGCGUCCUGAAGAUCCUGAGCGCCAGCUUUCGGAAGUGGCUGAUCCUGCUGGUGGGCGCCGAUGACUCCUCACCUUCCAAGCGCAAGUAUUUGAAGAAGUUCGAGAGCACAGAGAUAGGCCGUAAGGUGCGCCUCAUCCAAUUCGGCCCCGCGAAUCUCAAGUACACCGCGGCGGCCGACUUGCAGGUGAGCUUGUCCUUCCAAGAGGUGAAUCCCUUGAACCUUCUGGAGGCCAAGAUCCUGGCCGUGCCCGUUCUCACCACGCCGGCCGGUGGAUCGCCGGAACAGAUGGUGGCAGAUGGCAUCGAUGGCUUUGCACUGAAGGACUUCCGGCAGAGCACCUUCGAGGAUCGUCUCCGACGCCUACUCACACCGUCGAACGCCAGCGCCGACGACGCGCGGCGCGCGCUACGCCGCGUGGGCCGCGCAGGGCGCGCGACGGCACUGGCGCUCUUCGGAGCCCGGGCGGCACGCCCGCGGGUGAAAGAACUACUGGAGAGGCUGAUGGAGGAUCCCUCUUCCUCACGAGCCGAACAUGGCGUUGGGGUGGAGAUCAUGGUCCAGCUGACAGCGGAGCAUGAAGCGUCGUGGCCACGGAUCCACGCAUGCCUGCAGCAGACGUUGGAUGCCUUAGGUGAAUGGAAUGGUGUCACUAGUGCUCCCUUGGCCGAUGUCUUUCUGACCACUUCCUUCAAUGGGUCCAGCCUCACCGGCGUGGAGAGCUUGCGAAAACAUCGGGCCACCCGGCGGUUGCUCACGUGGCAGCCGGAAGCGUUCAGAAGUCGUGGCGGCCAGUUUCUACAGCAAGUGCUGCUGGCGCGCCAAAUGCGUUUGCAGCAUGCGCUUCUGGUGCGGCUGCAAGGGAACUCCUUCUGCAGAGGAAAGGAGCAGGUGCUGUCCAUCCUCCGGUUGUUCCACGAGCGGCCUGACGUCGGCAUGGUGGUGAGCAUGGGGGAGAAUGAGAUGAUUGGAGACCGAACUGAACUGAACUGGUCAUGUUGUAUGAAAUAUGGAUGCCCGUUCGGGCUGGAGCAGGUACGCCAGGUAUGCAGUCACCUGUGGCAGGCCUGAAGAAACUGAGAUGAUUUGGGAGCAAAACUAAGGACAUGCAGAAGACAAGUUUUGGACUUUGAUGGAGUUGCCGGGGCCCGAAAAGCUCCAACGCGCCCACGACGAGUUCUGGUCCCGAUCGGCCUUGGCCUUUUGGACACGUUUGCAGGCGUUCGCCCCUCGCUUGCUGGCCGAGUUGGAUGACGUGGAUGUGGCCGUGGCACUGCUGGUGCCAAGUCUGGCCAGUCAGGAAGCUGAAGUCUAUGCCAUGCCAGGAUGAGCGGUAUGGAGUGGAGAAGGAUUAAAACUGUGAUUGAGAAGCAUGAAGCUGCUGGAGUUAUACGGUAGAUGAUCUUAGAGUUGCGGGCAGAAGCUCGCGUUUUGAACUUCUUCUUCAUGAUUUGGGGUCCAAGGACACCAGCACGUGCUUCAGCUUGAAGCAGCCGGCUUGAAGCAGCAAGAUGCAGCCACCCAGAUGCACCUCCUCGUGGGCAAAGUCGGCCAAGUAUGGAUCUUUCAAUCCGAGCGAGAACCUCCUUCGGCUACGAACAUCUUCGCUUCAGAAGCCAACACGGACCAUCUUGAUGCACCAACUGGCCGUUCUACGCUUCGACCACUCGGAGUGGCGCAUGCCACGUGCGAAACCGCUGGCUGGAUCGAACCUUUGCCCCGAAGGGCCCAAUGAGAGACGAAGAACGUCUCAAGAACCGACGAACGACCCAAGUCGACCGGAACGAGACCGGAAGAAGGGCGAGAGA